GAUAUAAAGUUGGAUGUCGUCUCACAAACAGUAACAACAGCUGCAGUUGCUAUCAUUUCUUUUCUACCAGGCGAGCAAAGACAUACUAGCCACCUCUUCAAAAACAGAACCUUGGGCUGUCAGCACACUUCACCACGAUGGGCAAGCUACUGCUGUUUUCCACCGUACUCUGUGCAGCUUUGGCAACUGUGGUCUGUGCAGCCACGUCUGUCAGCGAUCACGAACUUGUGGCAAAGAGGGAGUACGACGACGCAUACACACAAAAUUCUCCCGACAUCUACGACGAAGUUGUAGCCAUGGAUGAGAAGCAGGAUGAUAAAAACGUGAAGAUAUUUUUCCGACGCGGCGUUUCCUACGUGAGGUGGGGUCGUACAGUCUGUCCACCCAAGGCCGAAGUGGUCUACGUGGGCAGAGCUGCUGCUAGCCACUAUUCCCACAAAGGGGGUGGGGCAAACUACCAGUGUGUCACACUCAAACCAGAGAACUUUGACUUUGGUCCUGGCACGGUAGACGGUUCGUUAAUCUAUGGCACUGAGUACGAAGUGGGAGGAAACGUCCCCAAGGCCCUUCAUACACUCCAGAAUAACAAUGUACCGUGCGUAGUGUGCUACGUUGCAACCCGGUCAACCAAAAUAAUGGUUCCCGGAACGUACAAAUGUCCAGCAAAGUGGACGACAGAAUACUACGGGUUCCUUAUGGCUGGGCACCACGGCCAUCACCGAUCCUCCUUCGAGUGUGUGGAUAAAACACCAGAGAAGGCAGACGGUGGCCAGGCCGAUGAAAACGGAGCUCUUUUCUACUUCGUUGAGCCUCGCUGUGGCAGUCUGCCGUGUCCUCCUUACGACCAGCAGAAGGAAAUGACGUGUGCAGUUUGCACUCGCUGAGAACAAAGUACAAACUGAACAGUUGUGAAAUAGAUGUGGUAGUUUGUGUUAUUGUUCCCAUUAGAAUGAAAAGCACUAAAGUGCAAA